GCGUACCGGAAAGGGGUACUGCGCCUCCUGCCCUUCUGCUGGCUCAGUGCCCUGUGAUGGGGUGGCCUUGAUGUCCUCUGGCUGGGACCCCUCCCGCACUGGGAGCCCCAGGUGGGCAGCGAGCAGAGUUGGGGACACUGGACUCGGGAGAUGGCCCUUCUGCCGCCCUUAGGAGCCAAGUGGGGGGCUUGUUCACCCUGUAGCGCCCCAACCGACUCCGGGACUUUCCCGGCGUCGCUCCUGGAGAGCUUGGGGACCUGGUUCCAGUCCCUCAUUCUGGACCUGGGUGUGGGGGGUGAUACGGAAACCGCGUUGGGGGGAGGGACGGACGGCCCCCGGGCGGGCAGACAAUGGGUAGCGGAUGGAACCGCCCGGCGGCGUUUCCUGCAGGAAACUGCUCUGUCUCUACGAGGCUGUCUUGGGGGUGUGUGUGUGUGUGUGCUGGGGGUGGCGGGGGGGUACCUGGAGGGAGAAGUAUCUCCCCCUCCCACCAUCAUCAGCCUCCACGCCCACGUCAGGGGUCUGAGAAUCCAGCUCCAACUUUAGGGGAUGCUACCAUUCAGGGCCUCAAGCCGGGAAGAACCCCCCCAAUCCCCAGGACCGGGAUCCGCGCUACCCGCCGAGUCCCCCACCCUGCAGGUUUCCUGAUCGCAACUCCAAGUCCCGAAAUAGUCCCUGGGGCGGGAGCGGGGGCGUAUGGCGUCGGCUCUGACGGCCUAAUGAGGGGGUCUUAGGCAGAGGAUCCGAUCUAGCUGACAUCUCCUGCAGGGAGCGGAGAAGAGGGGAGGGCAGCCGCGCCCCCACUCUGGUCGGGCUGCGGCCCCUGGAGCCGCCGCGGCGUGGGCCUGCCUCUUCCCCCCUUAGGGAAGCACGCAGGGAUGGGCAGCGAUGAGGGCUGGGAGGGAUGAACCCCAUCGGGCUCUCUGCCACUGCCCUGCAAAAGAGGGCUGCUUCUAGAAGGCCAUCAAGUGGGUGGCCAAUGCAGAAACACUGGCAAAACCUCCUGGGUUAAAAUCCUGCCUCUGCCCAUGUUUGACCUGGGACGGGUCCCUUAAUCUCUCUGGGUCUCGGUUUCUCCAUCUGUGCAGUAGGGUAAAGCGUAAUGAUAAGAAAACCUUCCUCAGAGUGGUUAGCUAGGAUUUUUUUUUUUUUUAAGUUAAUACCCACAAAUUGCUUUUAGUAGAGAGAGACCCACAGUAAAUGGCAAAAGUGUUGUUGUUGUUAUUAUUAUUAUUUAUCAUUCUUGAGGCAUCAUUUCUCACCCUAGUGCCUAGGUCCAGCUGCUCUAGCUGCUUGGGGUCUUAGGGACGGCCCACAACUGUUUUUUUGUUUUGUUUUGAUUUUUUUUUUUUAAGUUCCCAGGGCCUCAAAUUUGGGUGUGACAAGGUCACCAGAGGAGGGGGCUGAGCCCAUUGAGUCACACUGCCAGCUGUGGGAGGCGGGCCCAGACCCCUAAGUCCGCCCAGGUUUUUUUUCCGCGACUCAACUCUUCCCUGGCAGUUUCCUGAAAACAAGUUGUGCGAGCUCGGGCCGUCCUCCCCGAUGACCAGCUGCCCUGCUGGCCUGCCCCUCUCGGCCGGUGUGAGGGGACAGGAAACAGCUGCUUCAGGACUGGAAGGGGCCCUGCCUGCCUGGGGGUGGGGUGAGGGAGGUUUUAGGGACACAGACUGGGCGUAGGUCCGGAGUGGCGGGGUUCCCCCAGCAGUGGAGCAGGGGAUAGUCAAUGGCUGGUGGGUGACGGGACAGAGGUGGUCAUCAGAAGCAAGGGAGGUGGGGAGGGGCGACAGCAAAGGUUGCCAGGUGGUGGGCACAUAGAGCACUGGGUCAGGGAGAGGACAGAUGGGUCGGGCAGGCUCCUGGUGGUGGAGGCUCCGUGGGCAGAGGGUCCCCGGAAGAUGGGCAGAGCCCAGUCUGAGGGCAUUUCCCGCAGAGAGCGGACCUAGUUGCUCUGUGCCUUAGUUUCCCCAUCUGGAAAAUGUGAAUGAUAAUAUCCACCUUACAAGAUUGUAUGGAGCUUGCAUUUAAUCAGGCAGGGCAUACAGUAGGUACUGAAGACAAGCAGCUUUCCCUUCCUCAAAGGUUUUUCGAGUGAGCUCGUCAAAGCCCCAUUUUCCCUGCCCUGUGCUUUCUGAUUGUCCCUGUUAAUUAUCACAUGAGAUGUGGCCCGCCGUCCCUCGGUUUCUCAGAGCCUCCAUCACGUUUCCUGAAGAGUCCCCCCAGCCCCAGGUAUGGCCACAGCUCUGACAACCUGGUGCUUAUAGUUCCAUUACAAGCUCCUACGAGCCAGGAACAGAACUCUGUGGCACUCCACUAGAGACAUCCUAGGGAGAAAGGUCUCCAUUGAUUUGAAUCCUUGGUACAUCUGGCCCACGACUCUCCAUCCUGACCACAAGGCUCUCGCAUGUGACCUGAAUCUGACCAGAUGAAUUUCUGCGGAGCCCAUGGAGGGCUUCCAGCUCUCACCUUCUUCUGAAGGUUCACACCUCAUCCCUUUGAGCACCAGCUUCUAAUUUUGCCCUGGGACUGACCGAGCUUGGCAGGGUGUGUCUGGCAGCUACUCCAGAAAAUAUGGCCAAGUUUGCCCUGAAUCAGAACCUGCCUGACCUGGGUGGCCCUCGCCUAUGCCCCGGCACCACCGCGGGCACCCGCAGCCCGAGCUCGCCCUACUCAGUGGAGACGCCCUAUGGCUUCCAUCUGGAUUUGGACUUCCUCAAGUACGUGGAGGAGCUGGAGCGCGGCCCCGCCACCCGCCGCGCCCCCGGCCCCCCACCUGCGCGCCGCCCCCGUGCACCCCGGGCGGGCCUCGCAGGCGCGCGUAGCCCAGGCGCCUGGACCUCCAGCGAAUCUCUGGCCAGUGACGAUGGGGGAGCAUCGGGCGCACUCUCCCCCGGCGUGCCCUCGGGACUCCUGCUGCCGCCGCUGUCGCCGCGAAUGCCCGUGCGUAACCCGCGCGUCGAGCACACGCUCCUGGAAACUAGCCGACGGCUGGAGCUGGCGCAGGCGCACGAGCGCGCGCCCAGCCCCGCCCGCGCUGUUCUGCGCAGUCCGCGAGGAUCUGGCCGCAGCAGCCCCGCCCCCAGCCCCGCCUCCAACCCCGCCCUCGCUUCUCCCGGUCCCGCGCAAUUGCAGCUGGUGCGCGAGCAGAUGGCCGGGGCUCUGCGGCGCCUGCGCGAGCUGGAGGAACAGGCGCGCGCGCUGCCCGGGCUGCAGGAGCAGGUGCGCUUGCUGCGUGCGGAGAAGGCUCGGCUGCUGGCAGGACGCGGGCAGCCGGAGCCCGACGGGGAGGCCGAGGCGCGCCUGGACAAGCUAGCUCAGCUGCGCCGGCUCACCGAGCGCCUCGCCACCUCCGAGCGUGGCGUUCGCUCCAGGGCCAGUCCCUGGGCCGAUGGCCCCGACGGGCCGGCUUCUAGGGGCAGUGAGGGCGCGCUCGAGGUCCCCGACGCGGCCGGGACUUCAGACGGGGCGCUGCAGACGCGGGAGGCUGGCGUACAGGCGGUGCUGGAGACCCAAGACACCACGGCCCAGGCAGUGCCGGAGACCCGGGAGGCCAGCGUAGAAGCGGCUCCUGAGACCCUCGAGUCGGACGCGUGGGUGACCGAGGCGCUGCUGGGGAUGCCCGAGGCCGCCGAGCGCGAGCUGGAGCUGCUCCGCGCCAGCCUGGAGCACCAGCGCGGGGUGAGCGAGCUCCUGCGCUGCCGGCUGCGAGAGCUGGAGGAGGCCCGCGAGGCUGCUGAAGAGGAGGCAGCGGCAGCUGCGGCGGCUCAGCCCCAGCCGCGCGAGGCUGCUACCCAGACCCCGUGGGCUUGUGCCGCGAAGGCCACACAGACCGAGACCCCCGCCGAGGGCCCUGGCCUGAGCCAGGAGAACCUGACGGGAUCCAUGGAUGCGGACAGAGCCCUGGCCCCUGCGGGCAUCCUCAAAUCCAUCAUGAAGAGGAGGGAUGGUACACCUGGCGCCCAGCCCAGCCCCGGACCCAAGAGCCUGCAGUUUGUUGGGGUCCUCAAUGGAGAGUACGAGAGCUCAUCCAGCGAGGACGACAGCGACAGUGACAGCGACAGCGAGGACGGUGCUGCCGAGCCUCCAAGGAGCAGCUCCUCCGGGGAGGACAGUGGGAGGGAUGCCCUGGACCCGGAGCUGGAGCCGGAGCCCGAGCCGGAGCCCGAGCCGGAGCCCGAGCCGGAGCCCGAGCCCGAGCCUCAGCCUGGUGCGCAGGGGAGGUGCGAGCUGAGCCCGCGUUUGAGGGAGGCGUGCGCAGCGCUGCAGCGACAGCUGAGCCGGCCCCGAGGAAUCACCCGCGAUGGCGGCGCGGCGCGCCUAGUGGCCCAGGAGUGGUUUCGAGUGUCGAGUCAGCGGCGCUCUCAGGCGGAGCCCGUGGCGGGGGUCCUGGGCGCGGUGGCGCGCCUGGGACCCGAGCUCCUGGCGCACGUGGUGAACCUGGCCGACGGCAACGGGAACACAGCCCUGCACUACAGCGUGUCCCACGGGAACCUGGCCAUCUCGAGCUUGCUGCUGGAUACCGGGGUCUGCGAGGUUGACUGCCAGAAUCGGGCUGGCUACACAGCCCUCAUGCUGGCUGCACUCACCUCUGUGGGGCGAGAAGAGGACAUGGCUGUGGUUCAGAGACUCUUCCACAUGGGCAACGUUAAUGCCAAGGCCAGCCAGACAGGACAGACAGCCCUCAUGCUGGCCAUCAGCCACGGCCGCCAGGACAUGGUGGCGGCCCUGCUGGCAUGUGGGGCAGAUGUGAAUGCCCAGGAUGCAGAUGGGGCCACAGCGCUGAUGUGUGCCAGCGAGUACGGGCGCCUGGACACGGUCCGGCUGCUGCUGGCCCAACCCGGCUGUGACCCAGCCCUCCUGGACAAUGAGGGCACCAGCGCCCUGGCCAUUGCCUUGGAGGCCGAGCAGGACAAGGUGGCUGCACUGCUGCAUGCACACCUGAGCUCGGGCCAGCCGCAGUCCCCGGCACCCCUUGAGUCCCCCACAGCUGCGCCUGGUGAAGGAGAACACAGCGACCAUGAAGAUGACCCCCAGACUCAGUGAGCAGCCUGGCACCCUGGACCUGGAUUGCAAAGAGUCUGUUCCUUCCUCCACCCCAGCCUCUGGGUCACACAAGGGCCAGGGUUUGCUAUCCAGGUGUUACCGUGGGCCAAGAGAAAGGCUCAGAUGACCCAGUGCUCAGGAGCGGCUCGCUUUGGACCAGUGGGGUGAGGAAGGGGCUGGAAACUGACAAGGCCCGAGUCCACCCUGUUGCAGAAUAAAACAUUACUAACUCAA